UAGAGACAAGAUCUUGCUAUGUUGCUCAGGCUGGUCUCGAAUUCCUGAGCUCAAAUGAUCCUCCUGCCUCGGCCUACCAAAGCACUGAGAUUACAGAUGAGGUUUUGAUCUGUCACCCAGGCUGGAGUGCAGUGGCACAAUCAUAGCUCACUGCAGCCUCAACCUCCCAGGCUCAAGCGAUCCUCCUACCUCAGCCUCCCGAGUAGCUGGGACUACAGGGCUGGAGCCAGUUCUUGGAGGAGACUCUACACGGGGCAUGGAUCACUGUGGUGCCCUUUUCCUGUGCCUGUGCCUUCUGACUUUGCAGAAUGCAACAGCACAGAAUUGGAAAGAACUCCUGAGCUACAUGGAGAAUAUGCAGGUGUCCAGGGGCCGGAGCUCGUUUUUUUCCUCUCGUCAACUGCACCAGCUGGAGCAGAUGCUACUGAACACCAGCUUCCCAGGCUACAACCUGACCUUGCAGACACCCAACAUCCAGUCUCUGGCCUUCAAGCUGAGCUGCGACUUCUCUGGCCUCUCGCUGACCAGUGCCACUCUGAAGCGGGUGCCCCAGGCCCGGGGUCAGCAUGCCUGGGGUCAGCAUGCCAUGCAGUUCCCCGCCGAGCUGACCCAGGACGCCUGCAAGACCCACCCCAGGGAGCUGCGGCUCAUCUGUAUCUACUUCUCCAACACCCACUUUUUCAAGGGAAGCGGAGCUCAGACCUUACCCAGGGCCUCCCCAUUUCCCCUCCACUCAGCCCUUCUCCUGCUGCCCUUCCAGGAUGAAAACAACUCAUCUCUGCUCAAUAACUACGUCCUGGGGGCCCAGCUGAGUCAUGGGCACGUGAACAACCUCAGGGAUCCGGUGAACAUCAGCUUCUGGCACAACCAAAGCCUGGAAGGCUAUAACCUGACCUGUGUCUUCUGGAAGGAGGGAGCCAGGAAACAGCCCUGGGGGGACUGGAGCCCUGAGGGCUGUCGUACAGAGCAGCCCUCCCGCUUUCAGGUGCUCUGCCGCUGCAACCACCUCACCUACUUUGCUGUUCUCAUGCAACUGUCCCCGGCCCUGGUCCCUGCAGAGUUGCUGGCACCUCUUACGUACAUCUCCCUCGUGGGCUGCAGCAUCUCCAUCGUGGCCUCGCUGAUCACGGUCCUGCUGCACUUCCAUUUCAGGAAGCAGAGUGACUCCUUAACACGCAUCCACAUGAACCUGCAUGCCUCCGUGCUGCUCCUGAACGUCGCCUUCCUGCUGAGCCCCGCAUUCGCAAUGUCUCCUGUGCCCGGGUCAGCAUGCACGGCUCUGGCCGCUGCUCUGCACUACGCGCUGCUCAGCUGCCUCACCUGGAUGGCCAUCGAGGGCUUCAACCUCUACCUCCUCCUCGGGCGUGUCUACAACAUCUACAUCCGCAGAUAUGUGCUCAAGCUUGGUGUGCUAGGCUGGGGGGCCCCAGCCCUCCUGGUGCUGCUUUCCCUCUCUGUCAAGAGCUCAGUAUAUGGACCCUGCACGAUCCCCGUCUUCGACAGCUGGGAAAAUGGCACGGGCUUCCAGAACAUGUCCAUAUGCUGGGUGCGGAGCCCCGUGGUGCACAGUGUCCUGGUCAUGGGCUACGGCGGCCUCACGUCCCUCUUCAACCUGGUGGUGCUGGCCUGGGCGCUGUGGACCCUGCGCAGGCUGCGGGCGCGGGUGGACGCACCGAGUGCCAGGGCCUGCCAUGACACUGUCACUGUGCUGGGCCUCACCGUGCUGCUGGGAACCACCUGGGCCUUGGCCUUCUUUUCUUUUGGCGUCUUCCUGCUACCCCAGCUGUUCCUCUUCACCAUCUUAAACUCGCUUUACGGUUUCUUCCUUUUCCUGUGGUUCUGCUCCCAGCGGUGCCGCUCAGAAGCAGAGGCCAAGGCACAGAUAGAGGCCUUCAGCUCCUCCCAGACAACGCCGUAGUCUGGGCCUCCUGGCCUGGAACCGUCAGCCUCUCUAGCUGCCAGUAGCCUGAGGCUACGGCUCCCGCUAGAGAGGGUGGCAGGCCUGCUACUGUACCCCAGAGGCCACUGUGACCGCCAAGGGGCCUUUUCCACUUCCACGGCCUCUCCAGGCACUGAGGGGAAGGCAUUGCUCUACCUCUCCCUGAUAUUUUGCUCCAGGGCAGAUCCAACCUUACCUGGGGCAGCAAACUUUGUCCUGGUACCUGGGCCCAGCUCGCCAGGGAUGUGGGCAGAGCACCAGCCUGGGCAUCAGGAGGCCGAGUUUCAAGGACUGUCUCUGAGUCUGUCUGUAUGACCUUGGGCCUGCCACUUCUCACAGACCCUAGGUGUCCACAGCUGUGACAUGGGGGCAAGCAGCUUUGUUCCAGCCUAACUCAGGAGCUUAGUAAAAAUUGCCUAAGACCAGGGGGAAGAGUGUCAGCUUGGGGUGGGAAUUCCCGCAGCCUCCACCUGCUUGCUAGGGGCAGGAUCUCAUCCAGGCUGCCCUGGAAGCACCUGCUUGGCCCUGCCAUCUUCCUCCUGGGGAGGGCCAGAUGGCAUCCGGGCUUGGGGCUGGUGGGACCUACCCAGGCUCUGAGACUUUACUGGCCUAUGCCUGAGGGCUCUUUUCCUUCAACUCCCUAAAUUAUGAUGACUCCAAGUCCAAGCCCACCCUUCCCAAAGAUUGGGAGGUUCAGCCCUUCCCAGAGGCUCCUCCUGCAGUGCUCCCAAGACUUCCAUAGACCAUUUGGACCAGUAGCCCAUCCCAUAGUUUUCUUGGGGGCAGAGGAAAACACUUCUUUCUCCUCCAGCUGAAUCAGCUGGACCCCAGUGACCUGGCUAUUUGGUGAUUGGGCAGGAUUGAAUUUGCCCAGGUAGCCGUGAGAGUGUGGGUUUUAAAUUCGAAGCUCAGGCCAUAGUUGCAGAGAAUCACCCUUACCCCAGACCUUCAUGAGACAGUGCUCAUGAAGCCAGUGCGUUUCCCAGGACGAACACUAGGGGGCACCGUUGGUCCACACUCAGAGGCCCUUGGCGCCAAGACUGCAUCUAGAAUCGCUCAAACACCUGUUUGCAGACCCCAUGCACCAGCUGGAGGGGCCGUAACUGUAGGACUGCGCCUACUGAGUGACCCACUUCCUCCAGGAGGAAAGGCAAGACACGUUUACACGGUCAUUUGUCUCUUUUCCCAAUGCGGCGGUGCGCUGUCGCUCUUGGGGGCUGCACCCCAGACAGAGCUGGCAGCAGAGCAGGGCUGGGGUAGGUGCUCAGGGCCCUGCCCCAGGCCAUUGGGCAGUUUUGAUGACCUCGAAGGUCACAGGCAGAAAAUGGGAGCAGGAUUUCCCCUGGGGGAAAGUUCUCCUGGAACAUCUUCUGCUCUUCUGUACAUUUCUAGACGCAAAUAACUCCUUCACCAGGCAGUGAGUGGCGCAGGCUCUGGAGCCAGGCUGCCUGGGCUCCAAUGCCAGCUCUGCCACUUGUUAGCUGUGAGACUGUGGACAAUCCACUCAGCCUCGGUGUGCCUCAGUUUUCCUAUUUGUAAAAUAGAGGCCAUAGUGGUACCUAUUUUGAAGACUAAGUAAAAGAAUUCAAAUAAAGAGACUUGGCACAGAGUAAGUGCUCAGUAAA